UUAAAAUUCGAGUUAAAUAUAUAGACGUCAAUGGUUCAAGAAAAGGUUCUACAAAAAUUUCAAGUAAUCUUCAGGUGUCUAAAUUGAUCUCAUUUAUUCAUCGGCUUCAGCCAAUCACAGCACAGGUUUGCUUUUGGGAAAUUGAUAUCCCGCACAAGUCAGCUUGCUCCUGCGGCUCCAGGAUUUUAACGCAAUUUCAGCAUCAUGGAGUUUAGAAAAUGCCAACAGAACGGGACAAAUGGUAUUCUCCAUGGAAUUCUGUGCGGGUGAUUUCCUUCUGCUGUUUGCUUCACUUCCAUGGAACUUUGCGAGGGCUCUUUUGGAAGUUUAAGUUGUACUAGCACUAGAUGGUGCUACAAAUAUCACCAAACACCAUCAUCCGUUAAUUACCCAAGGGGUAACCGCCAACCACGGCCACCCUCAGUCGAACAUAGUCCCCCGCGAAAAGCUCCCCCUGCUUGAGAUUACAGAUGACAUGCCACAUUGGCUCAAGUUCCGCCGAGUCGUAGAGAACGAGAAACGAAAGAAAAUGAACAAGGAGAUUGACCAACAGAAAGAAAAGGAGCAAAACAAGUACAAAGGCGUGCCUUCCUGGAAAAUCCCAGUACUUAUCCAGAAAGAAGAGCAGCGCCUUCGCCAACUGCAGGCAGAAGAGGAGGUCAAGAAGGAAGAGAUGACGCUUCGCGCGGAGUGGGACGCGCUGCCUCCAUGGAAACAGCAGAUACUGCUCAAGAAGGGAUGCAACCCGCUUACCAAGAGGCGCGCGUCUGCUACGAUCGCCGUACCCCUGGCAAGCGGUAGUACAAGCACCAGUAGCACGAGCUCUUUGAACGGGUCAGCGGAAGAAGAAAUUGAGAAUAAAGAGACAACCGAAGACCUGGAUACUCAGUUUGCAGAUGACGCGUCGGAGAAUGGGUACAGUGAAAGCUCGGUUGCUGAGUCGGAGCUCAUCAGUGAAGGCAUGGAUACACAGUCUGCUCGCAUGGAUAAUGACGAAAUAUCUAACGAAUAAAAACUGAUAAAAGCAUGACGUCAUAGAUUGUAUUUAUCAAUUCACAUAUGCACAGGGGCAUCCGUAACUCGGCUUGUCCAUUUUUAUGUUCUAUUGUUAAAAAUAGAAUGAAACACAUGGUGUUAUUCAAUGUUACGUUGUUGUAGAGUAUUUGUUAGCUAGUUUUUGGAAGUGUUCAGCUCAUGAAACGAAUCGUAUAGAAAGAACAUCUUAGUAAAUAAAGUAUUUUAACGAUA